AUGCCUCACGACACUCCGAUCGCAGUGAUUGGCCUAUCCUACCGUGCUCCUGGUAUCGGGAGGACAGGUAUCUGGGAUUACUUGGCACAGGCUCGUUCUGCUUGGUCUGACAUACCUGCCGAUCGUUUCGAAAAGGCUGCGUACUACAAGCCCGGCGCCGACAAAUCUGGCGUGUUUCGAGCUGAGGGUGCGCAUUUCGUACCUGACGACAUCUACGCAUUCGACGCAGGGUUUUUCAACAUGCGUGCAGAAGAAGCCCAGAACUCUGACCCUCAGCAUCGUAUGAUGCUUGAGUGUGUCUUGGAGGCUGCAGAGGACGCAGGCAAAACUCUUCUUGACCUCGCCGGCCAAAAGAUCGGUGUCUACAUCGGUAGCGGUCAGCACGAGUAUUCUCAGCGUCUGGGCGACGAUCAGUUCUCUGCCAAAACGUUCUCAGCUACAGGAGUCGCUCCAUGCAUGGCAGCCAAUCGUGUGUCAUAUUUCUUGGACAUCGAUGGACCAAGCAUCACUCUGGAUGCUGCAUGCGCAAGCAGUGUCUACGCGGCACAUCAAGCAGUUUCCGCUCUCCGCAACGGCGAGUGUACCUCAGCCUUCGUCGGAUCUGCAGCACUCAGCUUGGGUCCUGGCGGUUGGCUUGCACUUGAGAAGACUGGCGCACUCUCUGAGCACGGCAGAAGUUUCUCUUACGACUCAAAGGCUUCCGGCUUUGGUCGUGGCGAAGGCGCUGCUUGUCUUUUGAUCAAGCGUGUUGACGACGCGAUCAGAGAUGGUGAUCCCAUUCACGCUAUCAUCCGUAACACAGCCUGCAACCAUGGAGGACGUUCGGACGGCAUCACUCUGCCUAACGUGCAAGCUCAGAAGAGACUCCUUCAACAUAUCCAUCAUUCAGUCGGGCUGGAUCCUGCUGAGACUCCCGUUGUUGAGGGCCAUGGGACUGGUACAGCGGCUGGUGCUGACUCGUGUAGUGAUCCCAUCGAAGCAAGUGCUUUUACAGCCGUCCUCGCCAAGGACAGAGGAGCCUCUAACCCGAUUUAUAUCGGAUCCGUCAAGUCUAACUUUGGGCAUCUCGAGGGCGCUAGUGGAAUUCUCGGCAUGGUCAAGGCCAUCCUGAUGCUCGAAAAUGACACCAUCUUGCCCACGGCUGGUUUUGAGAAGAUCAACCCGAGAAUCUCUGACAAGGAGAAGAUCAAGGUCGCAGAUGUUGCAAUCCCCUGGCCAGCCGGAGAGGCCAAAAGAGCCAUCGUCACCAACUUUGGCUUCGGCGGUAGCAAUGCUGCUGUGAUUCUGGAAAAGGCACCUACAAGACCCGCCACCAACGGUGUGAACGGGCACAGAGCCUCUGCUGAUUCGAGAAAGCUAGCUGUCUUCUCGGCUCGGACUGCGAAGAGUCUCGAGGACUACUUGGAGACCUUUGAAGAGUACCUCAGUGAGGCUCCGGAGUCCGAGAAGUUGCUCAAGGAUCUCAGCUACACUCUCGGUCAACGUCGCACUCAUCACGCUCAUCGAGUCGCCAUCGUAACUGACUCAGUGGCCGAUCUUCAAGAGAAGAUCUCGACCGUCAAGCCUGUGAGAAACAGAGAUCCAGUAGUUGCCUUUGUCUUUACAGGACAAGGUGCUCAAUACGCUCAGAUGGCUUCUGAUCUGCAGACCUACCCAGUGUUCGAAGCUACGAUUGAUCGAGCAGAGAACAGCCUCAAGAAUAUCGGAGCUUUCUGGUCUAUAAAGGAAGAAUUGGCAAAGUCGACUGCAGAAACACGCGUGAAUGAGGCCGAAAUUAGUCAACCGGCUUGCACGGUCAUACAGUUGGCGCUUGUCGAGUUGCUGAAGGCCUGGAAUGUGGCCCCAAGCUUCGUGACUGGUCACUCGAGCGGUGAAAUAGCUGCUGCCUAUGCUGCCGGUCUUGUUCCCUUCGAUACCGCAAUCGCUCUGGCCUAUUUCCGUGGCCAAGCUGCUACCCUUUUGGCAAAAGAACAGACUCAAUCUCAAAGCUCAAAGGGUGCCAUGUUGGCUCUUGGUGUAGGACCCGAGCAAGCGUCAACACUCAUCAAGCAGCACGCCAACGGUUACGCUACUGUCGCUGCUUAUAACAGCCCACAGAGCGUCACCAUCUCUGGAGACGAAGCCGCUAUUGACAAUGUUCACAAAGCUGCUGAGGCCGAUGGUUUGUUCAGUCGCAAGCUCAAGGUUGAGCUCGCAUACCAUUCUCAGCACAUGCAGGCCGUUGCCGACUUCUAUCUCCGCGCCAUCACUCCCUUCUGCAAGGACAAAACACCAGAAGGUGACGGCAACUCAGCGACUUUCGUGUCUUCUGUUACUGGUUUGGUUCACGAUGGUGGUAAGAUCGAGGCAUCCUACUGGGUCCAGAACCUGGUACAGCCAGUGCGCUUUGCAGAUGCGAUCAAGACAGUCCUUUCGCCUAGACAAGGAUCUAGUCGACCACCAAAUGUCAUCGUGGAAGUCGGACCCCAUGCUGCUUUGAAGGGUCCGAUCAAGCAGACCAUCGACGCGCUGCCAGGUCAAACUCCGGCAUUCACCUACAUCUCUUGCCUUGUUCGAGGUACUCAGAGUAAAGAAGCGGUUUUGAAUCUCGCAGCUUCACUUUACACGUCGGGAACCGCCAUCGAUCUUGGUGGAGUCAACCAGACAUCCAAACACAAUGCGAGCGUCGUCACUGAGACUCCCAAAUAUUGCUGGGACAAGUCAACCAGAUACGAGAUCAGACCUCGAGCAACCGGCGAGAAGCUUUUCCCCGGAGAGCCGUAUCAUCCACUCAUCGGAAGAAGGAUUGAGUCGAGCGGAGGUCGAGAUCGCGCGUACAGACAGGUCUUCACGCUGGACGAGAUGCCUUGGAUCCGUGAUCACAAUGUUGCGGGUGCAAUCAUAUUCCCCAUGACUGGUUACAUGUCUUGUGCCAUCGAGGCAGUGAGAAGGACUGUCAGCAACCCUCCGGCUGCGUUCCUUCUCAAAGACUUCCAUGUUGUCAGAAGUAUGGAGAUUAAAGAGGAAGAGUCCGUGGACAUGGUCACGAAGCUCAAGCCUGCUGUUACUGGUACCGGCUCUUUCUCGUCCACCAUAUGGUCUUUUGAGAUCUCUGCUUGGACGCCCGCCAAUGGAUGGACGAUCCACGGUUAUGGUCAGAUUGAGCCAGAGGAGGUCGACAUGACAUCAGAGACGCCAACUCUGAAAGCCACUCUGCCGUUGAUCGACAGGAAGUCCGAGUUGAUCGAACACGAUACUGCCUAUGCGUACGAAAACGCCGGUGUACGAGCAACUCGCUACGGCCCGACAUUCCAGAACACUGCUGGCUUCUGGGAGGGCAAAGGUUACACUGUUCUUGAGCAUCAUCUUCGUGAUCUCGGCGCAAGUCUGCACAGUCCGGGACCUUAUGGAUCACACGUAACGGUCGAUCCUCCUACCCUUGAUGGCUUCCUUCAAGGAGGUGGUCCGCUGCAGACAACAGAAGAUGGUACGAAGCCUGCGCAGAUGCCGAACUACAUCAGUAGAUUCAGAAUCUCCAACAAGAUCCCUGCCACUCCGAAAGGCAAGUUCGACAUUGUCACUAGCCUUCUCCAUUACGAUACCAAGGGCGGUCGUAUGCAGAUCAGCGUUGCCGCCUUCUACCGUGGAGUCGACAACGUGCCAAUUCCAGUCGCAGAUUGGGAGUCUGUGGCAUUCCGCUCCAUCGGAUCCGCAGAGGAAGAGAUCAAUCCAGCAGCCAACGUGCCUGACCACUGGGCCUGGGAAUUGUUGUCCAAGUUUGACCAUCUACCUCAAGAUGAGUUGACCAAGCAGAUGUACCUUGGUGGACCUCCGAGCACAGAGAUGCAGCGUGCGGAGAAGAUGGAGAAGAUCGCAGCUUACUACAUUGAUCACGGUCUUCGUGAGACAGCCGGAGAUGAUCGUAGCAAGUUGCCAUAUCACCUCGCCAAAUUCGUCAGUUGGGGUAUUAGAGCAGUGAAGAAGUACGGUGUAGUCUUCGACACCAAGCCAGUCGCUUUAAUUGAGGAGGUCCGCAGCGGUAAUGGUCAAGGAGAAUUGCUUUGCAUCAUCGGCGAAGAACUCGUCCGCAUUCUGAGAGGGGAGCUCGAGCCUCUUGAGCUCAUGCUCAUCGACAACCGUCUGACUCGUUAUUACGAAGCAGAUGUGACGAACGCCCAUAUGAGCAAAGUCCUGGGCAACCUUGCCGAGAACAUGAGUGAUCUUGAGCCACAGCUCCAGAUACUGGAGAUCGGAGGUGGCACCGCUGGUACAACUCUUCCCAUUUUGGAAGCGCUUACCAGGGGUCGGGAUGAGGCUGCGCUACUCAAUUACACCUUCACAGACAUCUCGUCUGGCUUUUUCGAGAACUCUCGUAAGAAGCUGGCACAAUGGUCGGAUCGUAUCACGUACAAGAAGCUUGACAUUAGCCAAGAUCCCUUAACCCAAGGCUUUGCACCCGGAGAAUUCGAUAUAGUGGUAGCUGCCAAUGUCUUGCAUGCCACAGCAGACAUGUUGACUACCAUGACCAACGUUCGUACUCUUCUCAAGCCAAGAGGAAAGCUAUUCCUACUUGAAGCGAACCAGCACCCUGCUUAUGUACUGCCCUUUGCAUUACUUCCCGGAUGGUGGUACGCAGAGGACGACUAUCGCGACCGAGAGGAAGGACCCAUGCUCCCAGUACCUCAGUGGGACCGUCUCUUGAAGGACGCAGGGUUCUCCGGUGUUGAUACCAGCAUUUCUGAUCGUCCUGGCGUCGAGCAAAUGGUGGGCAUCAUUACUUCCACCAGAGUCGGCUCACAAGCUGAGCGCAACACGAUCACCGUGUGCGGACCAUUCAUGGACGAGGAAGAAGUUGAAUAUGCACAAUCUGUGGCUGACAUGCUUUCCAAGCGACUUGGCAUCUCGGUAGAGAUCAGUCCUGUUGCUGAGAUUGGCGAUGCUGCCGACACUUCAUAUGUCUUCGUUGACUCCCUGACCGAUAGUCUUGUGCAGAACGUCGACAACGAGAAGUUCGAGAUGCUGAAGAACUUGCUUUUGCACAACUCCGGACUUUUAUGGGUGAUCCCCGAAGGUUCCACACCUGAUGCUGCAUCGAUCAAGGGCAUUCUCCGAACCCUGCGCCUUGAGACAGAUCCCAAGAAUUUCAUGGUGGUCGAAGGCAUUCCUCGCACAGAGGACGGCUUUGCUGGAAUACUAAAGCUGUCUCAGACACUUCGCGAUCCUGAGGUCACACGCACACAAGACCAGGACUUUGUCUGGCACAAUGGAUCGAUUCAUCUUCCUCGUAUGCGACAGAUGAAGGAAGUUAAGGAACAGUUUGCCGUCGAGAGAGGCAUUGCCUUCCGCAAGUCUCUUAAUAUCUGGGACGGACAGCGAGCUUUGGAGAUGACCAUUGACACUGCUGGCAGCCCUGACUCAAUCUACUUCCGCAGAACAUCAGUCCUGCAACAAGCCCUCAAGGAAGAUGACGUAGUUGUCAAGGUUGAGGCAGCUGGUCUCACAUCUCGGGAUCUCGACUUUGUCCUCGGAACACUUCCUUGGGACGCUCCCGGAUUCGAGGGUGUUGGUGAAAUCGUGGCUAUCGGCAGUGCGGUCAACAACUUGCAGCAAGGCGACAGAGUCGCCUUCCUCACAUUGGAGGGCAGUGCCUUCUCUAAUUACAAGAAGGUGCCUUCUUCGCUUACGUGCAAGAUCCCGUCGGGUGUAAGCUCGACCGAUGCCGCAAGCAUUCCGCUCGCAUAUACCAUUGCAGUAUUGGCUCUGCAGUACACGGCAAGACUGCGAGAGGGAGAGUCUGUGCUGAUCCACGCGGCUACAGGUGCUAUCGGGCAAGCAUGCAUCGUCCUCGCGCAACACACCGGCGCUCAGAUCUUUGUCACAGCAGGAAGUGAGAGCAAGAGAGCGUUCCUGAACGAGACCUUCGGCAUUCCUGCAAGCCAGAUCUUUUCCAGCCGCAAUACCCAGUUCCGAAACGACAUUCUGUGCGCGACAGAUGGUAAAGGUAUAGACGUAAUUGUUAACUCACUGACCGGAGAGCUCAUGACUGAGACUUGGGCCCUGACUGCCAAGUGUGGUCGCUUUGUCGAGAUUGGUAGAAAAAAUGCCUUCCAAAGUCAUCUUCUCCCCAUGAAGCCUUUCGACAACAACGUUGCUUUCAGCAGUAUCGAUAUUCGCGAUCUAUACAAGCACCGCCCUCACGAAAUCCAGGACGUCUUCGCGGAUGUUACCAAAUUGCUCCAGGACAAGGUUGCUGUACCCCUGCAGCCUGUCACAGUUCUUCCAAUCUCUGACUUCUCGACCGGUCUUCGAAAGAUCAAGGCUGGAGAGGGUUCCGGUAAGAUUGUAUUCACUCUAGGUGCAGAUGACCAGGUCGUUGCAGAGAGCGACCUCCAGCCUACUCCUCUCGCAAUGAGGACUGAUGGCACAUAUCUCAUCACAGGCGGUACCCGCGGUAUUGGUCUCGACCUUGCGCAGCUCCUGAUCGACAUGGGCGCACGUAACAUUGUGCUGCUUGGUCGUAGUGGUGGCUCAAGCCCCGAAGUACAGAAGCUCCUGAAGAAAUACGAGAACAGCGAAGUCCGCGUCAAAGCUCUCGCCUGUGAUGUGGGCUCACUUGUUGAGCUGCAAAAGGUCGUCGAUACAAUCAAGGACGAACUUCCUCCUGUGAAGGGCGUCAUCCACAGCGCUCUCCUUCUUAGCGAUAAAUUGUUCGAGAAUGCGACCUACGAGGAUUGGAAGAUCAUUACCGGUCCCAGAGUUCGCGGAGCUUGGAAUCUGGAUCAGUGCUUCCAUGACGGUCUCGACUUCUUCAUCAAUCUUUCUUCCUUCCUGGGAGAUACUGGUAAUGUUGGACAAGCCAUCUAUGCUGGAACUGCGUCGUUCUACGACGGUUUCACGAAGUAUCGCAACGCCCGCGGUCAGCACACCGUUUCUUUCGCCCUGCCGGUCGUUCUCGACGUCGGCUACGUGGCGCAGAACGACCUCAGCGAGUCUCUGAAACAGACUUUGGGCGCCACAUUGACAAUGGCUGAUAUUCGUACUGCGGUCAAGGGAGCAAUCCUCGGCAAGUCAUCGCCAUUCCACCACAAUGGCAAGAUCGCCGCCUUCAAGAUGUACUUGGAUGGUCAGGCCGUACAGAAUGGCCCGUGGAAGUACUUCCACCCUGUACAUACCAAGGAGCGGCUGAUCGCAGAGGCAAGUAAAAGGAAGAAGGCCGGUGUGGUAGGAGACGCCAAUACCUCAGCAACAUCGUGGACUGCUUCGGCGGAUCCGCUGACUGGUUUGAUCGAGGCCCUCAUAUCGAAGGUCUCCGCCAUGACCAUGAUCGAGCGUGAGGAUGUCAGAGCAGAUAUUCCACUUGCGACUUACAGUCUCGACUCACUCGUUUCCGUCGAGCUGCGCAACUGGAUCCGACGCGAGACCAGUGUAGAGUUGGCGUUGAGCGCCAUCUUGCAGGCUGAGAAUUUGCAGGCAUUGGCCGAGAGCAUUCUCGCGCAGAGAGGUUAG